AGGGGAGUCACCACGAUGCACUCGGAGCGCGGCACCCGGCAGGGAGAUCCGCUGAGCCCGUUUCUCUACGCACUCACGCAGCGCCUCGCCCUGGAGCCCGUCCUGGCAGGUGGUGAUGUCCAGCUCUGGUCGUACGCCGACGACACCUACCUCGUGGGCCCUCCAGACAGGGUGCUGCACCAUUUCACUGAGGUCGUGAGGCGCUUGGGCGAGUUGGGCCUUGCUGUCCAGCCGCACAAGUGCCUUGUUCAUCACACGUCCGCGAUCCUGCCCAGCGAGGUGCAGGCUUUCACCGGUCUUGGCAUCGAGGUCGCACGCCGGGGGCUCACCGUGACGGGCGUUCCGGUCGGCACCGAUACCUUUGGCGCCGCGAGAUGCAUUGAUGGUGAUUGUAGACGUCUCGGUGGCAGACCCACAGCGGGAGGGGAAUGCGCAGUUCAGGCGGAUGGCACCCACUCAGAUUGGCGGCGCAGCAGCUAGGUGGGUGCAGGAUAAGCUGCGACACUGGAGGCCGGUGUUACAGGGGGUGCAGCCGGAUCCAGAGUUCUACGCCUGCGUAGUGGAGACUUUUGGGUGCCUGAGUGAGCCACUGCGGCAGUUCCUAGGGCUGUGUGCAUCGCGGACAGCACGGCGGAGGAGAGAUUCGGGGGCAGGGGAUGACGGGUCGGCACGGAUAUUUGAGACGAGCCUCACUACGCGUCUCUCCGUGGCACUGCAGCGGGCGCAGGCAAAUGUGAUCAUGCAGCAUGCAGUGCGGCAGCUGGGCGGCUCCGACAAUGGAUGGAUGCCAGCACCUGUACCUUUGGGCGCUGGGCAGGGGAGUUGGCACAACAUCACAGGGUGCUUCGAGAGUGCAGCAGACAUGCAGUAUAUGUAUGAUGCAUAUGUGUAAAAAAAACAUAUAUAGGCCGUGCUUGAGACGCUGUGCCCGCGCUGUGCGCGUGGGCUGUUGCUUUGUUAG